UCCUCUGAGAUUCGCACCGCGUCACUGGUGUCACUCUCCUCCCUCCCUCCCCCGCCCACACCCCACCACACCAGCGCGGCAGCCGCCAUGGAUCCACCAACCAGCGCGGCCCACCGGAGCCCCGACGACGAGGCGGCGGCCUUCUUCCGCGCGGCGCCGCCCCUCCGCGACCGCGACGCCGUCGCCGCCAGCCUCGCCGCCUUCGUCGCCCGCCACCGCUCACGCUCCGCCGCCGGCGCCGGAGCAGGAGGAGGAGGAGGGCCCCCGGCGGUGGCGGGGGUGGUCUGCGUCACCUCCGGCGGCACCACGGUGCCCCUGGAGCAGCGCUGCGUGCGCUACAUCGACAACUUCAGCUCCGGCCAGCGCGGGGCCGCGUCCACCGAGUAUUUCCUCAAGGCCGGUUACGCCGUCGUCUUCGUCCAUCGCCGCGGGAGCAAGCAGCCUUUCUGCAGGUUUCUUCCGGAGGACUCGUUUCUCGACCUUUUCGAGCUCGGCCAAGGAUCAGAGAUCCAAGUCCCAGAGUCUCACACCACUGUGGUCAAGGCAGCGAUUAGCAGUUAUCGCAAGGCAAUUGAUGAAGGUCUACUUCUGAAACUCCCUUUCACUACAAUUUUUGAGUACCUUCAGUUACUGCAGCUUGUAUCCACUGCUAUGAAUUGCUUGGAGCACCAUGGAAUGUUUUAUUGUGCUGCUGCAGUGUCUGACUUCUAUGUUCCAUGGGAGAGUAUGGCUAAACAUAAAAUCCAGUCAGCAGGUGGCCCUUUGAACAUGCAACUCAAUCAAGUUCCUAAGAUGCUUUUCAUCCUCAGAAACCAUUGGGCGCCUUCCGCGUUUUGUGUAUCUUUCAAGCUCGAGACGGAUCCAGACAUCCUUAUACAGAAGGCAGAGGCGGCUCUGAGAAAGUAUGGUAUGAAUGUGGUGGUGGCGAACGAGCUAGCGAACUACAAAGACGUGGUUGUCAUGGUCACAAGCACCGGGAAGACAACCGUGAGCAGGCGGAGCAAGGAAGAUGACCUGGAAGAGCAGCUCAUUGGUCUCCUGGUUAAGAUGCAUUCAGAUCACGCUAAGCAGUCCAAUCCGGACCAAGAGACGUGAGCUGUUGUCUUGAUGAAUAAGGAGUUGCUACAAGUUAUUGCGCUCAUUGGUCUCCUGGUUUAAUUCACGUACCAGUAAGUGGAGUAGCAUUCUCUCUUGAGAAUCGCACGCGCGAUCAUCUCGCUUAUUUAUCCCUUAUGUUGUGCUGCACCGUCUGAUGCCUGUCUUUAUCGACGUCGGCGGUGGUUUGGAUUGGACAAGUCUCACCAAUUCAAACCCCAAAUCUGAAAUGUGUGUAUAUUUUGAGCGAUUCAAAUUUGAUUAACAGGAA